UCACCUUACUUUUGCACGUACCUAGAAUGGGUUUCAAGGCGGGUCUCCUCCUCCUUAUGGUAAAAAACCGUUCUUUUCUAUAUGCAUACAUACACGUCUCUCCGACUUGGCUCUUCCCUGAAGGAAAACCGAUCCUCCUUUCCAAUCUCCACCCUUUUUUCUUCUUAUUCUGUACAUACUUGUAUCUGUAAUAUAUUUGUUUAUGCAUCUCCCUUUGAAGGGUAGUCAAACACUCAUUGACGUUCACCUCAAAAAUCUUGUUUUUUAAAGAUUCUGGGCUUAAGAAAUUUGUUGCUAGCCAGGCUAUUUCAAGUAAAAUUUCAGUUUUUGAUCAUCUCCUGGUUGUUGGAUUCUGGACUCGAGGAGUCCUUUGGGAAUUUGUUAAUUUUGGCUGAGUAUAGUUAGUGUUAUUGGCAUUGGCAAUUCAAAGAGAUGUCGGGUUACAAUGGCGUUCUUAUUUCUGAUCAAUGGUUGCAAAGCCAGUUCACACAAGUUGAACUUCACAGCCUUAAGUCCAAGUUUGGUUCAAUAAAGAAUCAAAAUGGUAAAGUUAAGGUUGGAGACUUGCCACCUUUGAUGGUGAAGUUGAAGGCUUUUUGUACAACAUUCACUGAAGAGGAGAUUAGGGAGGUGUUGGGUGAGGCUUAUGGUGACAUGAGCAAUGAAAUUGAUUUUGAAACCUUCCUCAGGGCAUAUUUGAACUUGCAAGGGCACGUUACAGCAAAGGCAGGUGGUCCAAAGAAUUCGUCUUUCCUGAAGGCUAUAACUACUACACUUCUUCACACAAUCAGUGAAUCGGAAAAGGCCUCUUAUGUCACUCACAUAAACAUCUACCUUGGGGAUGACCCAUUCUUAAAGCAGUUUCUUCCUUUGGAUCCAGCUACAAAUGAUCUAUUCGAUCUUGCAAAAGAUGGUGUACUAUUAUGUAAGCUUAUUAAUGUUGCUGUACCUGGAACAAUAGAUGAACGCACUAUUAAUACAAAGAGGGUUCUUAACCCAUGGGAGAGGAAUGAGAACCAUACACUCUGCCUGAACUCGGCAAAGGCUAUUGGCUGCACAGUGGUAAACAUUGGCUGCCAGGACUUGGUUGAAGGAAGGCCGCAUCUGGUAUUUAGUUUGAUCUCCCAGAUUAUAAAGAUCCAAUUGUUAGCAGAUCUCAAUCUUAAGAAGACACCUCAGCUUGUGGAAUUGGUGGAAGACAACAGCGAUGUUGAGGACCUUAUGGGAUUAGCACCUGAGAAGGUCUUACUAAAAUGGAUGAACUUCCAUCUGAAAAAGGGAGGCUAUGAGAGAACUGUUACAAAUUUUUCCUCAGAUUUGAAGGAUGCAAAGGCUUAUACUUACCUGCUUAAUGUGCUUGCACCAGAAUAUUGCAACCCAUCUACUUUAGAUGCCAAGGAUCCUUUUGAAAGGGCAAACAUGGUACUUGACCAUGCUGAGAAAAUGGGCUGCAAACGGUAUUUGUCCCCAAGAGACAUUGUUGAGGGCUCAUCAAACCUAAAUCUUGCAUUUGUGGCACAAAUAUUUCAUCAAAGGAAUGGCCUGAGUACAGACAGCAGAAAGCUUUCUUUUGCAGAGAGGAUGAGUGACGAUGCACAAACUUGUAGAGAUGAGAGAUGCUUCCGACUGUGGAUCAACAGUCUUGGAAUUUCUAGUUAUGUUAAUAAUGUCUUUGAAGAUGUCAGAAAUGGAUGGAUACUUCUUGAAGUGCUUGACAAGGUUUCUCCUGGAUCUGUUAACUGGAUGCAGGCAUCAAAGCCUCCAAUUAAGAUGCCAUUCAGAAAAGUAGAAAACUGCAAUCAAGUUAUAAGUAUUGGGAUGCAGCUGAAGUUUUCCUUAGUUAAUGUUCAAGGAAAUGAUAUAGUACAAGGAAAUAAGAAGCUAAUAGUUGCUUUUCUGGGGCAGUUGAUGAGGUAUCAUAUGCUUCAACUACUGAAGAGUUUGAGAUCCCAUUCCCGCAGCCGGGGAAGGGAUGUAACUGAUGCACAUAUCUUGAAUUGGGCAAACAUGAAAGUACAAUGUUCAGGGAGAACUUCUCGAAUGGAAAGCUUUAAGGAUAAAAGCUUGUCCAAUGGAUUAUUUUUCCUAGAACUACUUAGUGCCGUGGACCCAAGAGUCGUUAACUGGAACCUUGUAACCAAGGGUGAAAAAGAUGAUGAGAAGAGGUUGAAUGCAACAUAUAUCAUUAGCGUGGCAAGGAAGCUUGGUUGUUCGAUUUUCUCGUUGCCUGAAGACAUCAUGGAGGUAAACCCAAAGAUGAUCCUAUCUCUGACUGCCAGCAUAAUGUACUGGAGCAUACAACAGGCCCUUGAAGAGGGUGAGUCAUCGCCAUUCCCUCUUAGUACACCUGAUGCAUCUCCAGCACCAUCCAUUUGUGGUGAAGAUGAUACCUCCUCUCUGGGUGGUGAAUUCUCACACUUAACCAUCGAUGACGCUGCUUCGGACACUACAGUUUCCUCACAAUUCGAAGACUAAAACUCUCUCAUUGAACAAUGACAUCUGCCUGCGGGAUCAAAUCAGUUAAGAAGAGAGAAAGGCGUCCAUUCCUCUGGAUAUGGAAAGAAAAGAACACAUUUGACUGAACCUCACAGAUCUCAAUUUCGGAUGUAAAAAGGCUACAAAAAAGAAGAAGAUGAAGGAAAAAUCUUCCAUAAAACACCCAGAAAAGAAUGAAGAAAUUUUGUGAUUCUGUUACAUUAUGAACAUAUUUUGUUUUCCUGGUUGCAUUAUUCAAUUCUUUGGACAACAUAAUAGGCUAGCUAGCAUGGGGAUAUUCAAUUUAUGUAUUCUUUCCGUGCACAAUGUUCAUAAUACAAAGCUCAAGAGAAAUAUGAGGAUAUUAAAAUAUCUUUUUUUAA